AUGAGUAACGGAAGAGUAACCUAUGCAGAGCUGAAAGUGGCAAAGGGCGCAAAAAGACACCAGAUAAAACCCAAGGGCACCAAACGCUCCGUUUCAAUACCAGAGAAGGAAAUAACCUACGCAGAUUUAAAUCUUCAAAAUGUUUCGCCGGCUCUUCAAGGGAAUGACAAGAAGUACCACUGCAAAGGCUUAGCAGCAACUCCAGAGAAGCUCAUUGCUGGGAUCCUGGGACUGACCUGUCUUGUCUUGAUAUGCAUAAUUGUAGCAGUGAUCAUUAUUUACUGCCGUCACUGUGGCCCUUGUGCAAAGGAGUGGUUAACAUACUCUAACAGCUGCUAUUACAUCAGUCCUGAGAAAAAAACCUGGAAUGAGAGCGUGAUGGCCUGUGCUGCUAAUAACUCUCACCUGCUCUACAUAGAUAAUCAGGAAGAAAUGGUUGACGAUAUCAGCAUCUCAGGAAUCGCAGGGCAAGAAUUGUGCAUAUUUCAAUAUUCAAGAUACCCGGCUUUUUACUGA